AUGACGAGAACCCCUCGUUCAGCUCCUUCACCAGAACCUGCACCCGCUCCUACACCUGCACCCGCUCCUACACCUGCACCAGCUACCACCCCGCCACCCGCCACCACCUUUACCACCAUCACAGCUCGGCUAGGAAACCUGUUCCUCUGGCGGUCUGAUCAUGCAGGGCCACCCGUUGUCGAUGUUCCUUUUGCGCAGGGUGUACAGUGUAACGCUGCAGUGGGUGCUCCUGAGAGUGACGAUUCCUUGAUACGUGAUGAAGAUCAUCAUGGACCUCCUUCACCGGACCCCAAUUCACACCAACAGCAGCAACAGCAACCAGCAGCAGUUCAGGUAAUGACUACAUCCUCAUUUCGCGUCAUCAUCCAUGGCUAA